AAAAGGUGGUCACGUGAUUCUUUCGGAGCUGACGAGUCGAGGAGGAGCGACCCAAUCGGACCAGUGUGCGCGCGGAGCGGUGUGCUGAGCGGGGAGGGGGAGCUGUCCACGGCGAGCGGUGCUGAACGCGGGGAGCGCGCGCGGGGAGCUGUCCGCUGCGUGUGGUUCUGAAAGCGUGGACGUGCGUGUUGAGCGCUGUCCACUAUUAGAGGUGCUGAAAGAUAUUCUUCUUCUGUAAAGAAGAGCAGAAGGACACGAGCCUGAGAUCACUACAAGUUAAGAGCUGCACUUUCAGCUCUCGUGCUCUGGACAGCCUUUAGUGUUUAUAGUUCUUUUAGUGUUUUUAGCGUUUUUUUUCCAGAAAGAGAUAAGAGUUUAGGGGCCAUGGCUUUCAUGGUGAAGCACAUGAUCGGGGGUCAACUGAAGGACCUGACUGGAGGUUUGACUGAGGAAAAGCCUGAAGGGGACAAAGGCGAAGCUGCGGCGAAGGGGAUGACCCAAGAGGAGUUCGAGCAGUAUCAGCAGCAGCUUGAGGAGGAAAAGCAGGAGAGAGAUGCCAACUUUGCCCAGAAGAAAGCGGAAAGGGCCACAGUCCGGUCUCACUUCAGAGACAAGUACAGGCUGCCAAAGAAUGAGUUGGAUGAAACACAGAUCCAGGCUGCAGGGUCGGAUGUGGAGCUGCCCACUGAGCUGGCCAAGAUGAUCGCUGAGGACAACCAAGAAGAGGAGCACAAACAGUCGGUCCUGGGGCAGCUCUCCAACAUCCAGAACGUGGAUAUGGAUCAACUGAAGGACAAAGCUCAGGCAACACUGGAGGAGCUGAAGAACUCAGCCGAGAAGUGUUCACUAAUGUGAUCUUUGUUGUGAUCUCUCUCUCUUUCUUUCUCUUUUCAGCUAUGUUCACAUUACAAGCCUUCCUAUUGCUGGAAUGCACUCUUUCAUAUCUGGUCACUAUCAGAAUACCUAAAAAUAAAUCACUUUUUAAUGCUUUUAACUCUUUAGGCUACACAGCCUAAUCACUUUUUAUUUUCACUUUUUUAUUUCCUGUGAUGUAUGUGUCCACCCUGUCAUAACAAGAUGGAUUUUAGUGAAAACCCUUUGAUGAAAGAUGCUAGAUAUUUUAUUAUAAUGUUCUAAAAAUAUGUUUUAAUAUAUGUUUUACCACAACAGGGUGGAUAGUUUAAUAUUUAGCUUUGAUAAAUUUUAAGUGAAAUUAUUAUAAUUAAUUUUCAAAGUGUCUUCAGUUUGUGAUGUCACUGAUGUCAAAUUGUUACUUUCUCAAAAGGGCAGGGUUAUCUGGGAUCUGGGAAUUCUUGGUCUUUUUCGGACAGUUUAAAUACCUCAAAAUUAAAAACUAUGCUCUGCAUGUUACAUUGAGCCCGACCCAGCUAUUCUUGCAAAGACGAUUGAGCUCGGUUGAGAUUUCAUGAAAUAUGGCAAAAGUAAUCAUGUGUUCCAUGAUGUCAUACUUUCACUAUCACACAAGAACCUCUUAUUUCCAAAAUGACAAUUCCAAAGGAGAAAAAACAAUUUCAUGGAAGUCAAAGUAAAAAUAUGUUACGAUAGCGAUUAAGAUUAAGAUGACGAUUAAGAUGUUAUUUCUAGCAAGUCCAUUCAUCAUUAUUUUAAUACAAUGUAAAGAAAACUUCUCAGAUUAACAUUAUGUCUGAACUACUUUCAAACAGAACAUUUAUUCUACACAUUUUGGCAAUAUUUAACAAGUGAUGCGUCUUACAAUAAGAUAUACUUUUAUUCCUUGUGUGAUGAAAGUAGUUCAAAUUAGAUUCAAAUGCGUUCACAUUCAAGCAGAAAAAACGGAUUGUUGUGGCACUAAUCCAGUUUUUCUGCCUGAAUGUAAACCCCAUCUGAUAUAUUCAACCUUGUAAUGUGAACAUAGCCUCUAUCUCUAUUUAUCUCUCUUUCUGUCUGUUCUGUUAUUUCUCUUACACAAAACACAUAACACACAUACACCACAUAGACACAUACACAUGCACACACAUACACACACACACACACACACACACACACACACACACAUGUCUAUCUCUUUAAUGCAAUACAAGCACAAAUACACUUAAAGAUACUGCCGAGCGUACUUGCUGCCAGGUCUGAUGCCAAGGCCUUGAAUAAUCCCUCCCCUGAAAGCACAUACACACAUGGACAGUUUCUCUACAGCUACAACAUAUCAACUCUCAUACAUCCCAGUGCCCUCUAGAGCCUCAUCUGUGUGUAAAAGCUAAAAGUGUUGUGCUGACAGUUUUUAACGUCAUUGCUGUUUGUUCUCCGGUUUGUGAAUAUCAACUUUAUGGCUUCCUUUUUAUUUAUUUUUAAAGGGUCCAUCAUGAAACCACCCUGCCUACUGUGUCUCCAGUGCCCUAUGAGAUAGGGUCGUUUCAAGAGUGCACUAUAUAUGGGAUUUUAGAGCAGGAUAUGUUGCUGGGAAAGGUGAAUGAUGGUCAGGAACACUGGGAAAGAGCCAUAUGUAGAGCCAUGUAAAAAAGCAGCAAAACAACAAUACACCUAGUGCAUAUUUUUAGACCCAGUCCUGGAAAACACUGCACUUUUAAAGGAAUAGGCCAUACUUAAAAAAAAAAAAUCCUGCUUUAAUAGACUACUCUGUACAGUAGAAUCUGUGAUGUAUCAUAGAUUACAAUAAACCAUAGGUUUGUUAGGUUUGCUGACUCAAAAUUCACUGAAUUAUAGAAAUUAAAUGAUAAAUUAUAUAUUAAUGUAAAUCAACCAUUUAUAGUUAGAAGUGGAACUAGUUUCUCAGAAAGAGAAAUCUGUUUUAAUUUAUUUUUUCAGAAAUACCUAGAAAUACCUUCAAAUUCCUAAAAAACCUGAGCCGGAACUACUUUCUCUACUGUAUUACUGUAUAAGAGUUUAACAAACACCUGUACAAUUCAAUUUGUAUAUCCAUAUACACUGACAUGCCAAAAUUCAUGGGACAGCAGUACUGUACAGUAUGUAAUUAGUAUGUGUUCAUUAGGUUUUACCAUUUCAGUGGAUUGCCUGGGAAUUACUACACCUGUAUGUAAGUUGUGAGGUGUUAUCUUGUGCAUGAAGCUGAACACUGACCGUUGUGCUCAUGGCAAGGCUAUGUAAAUUAUGACAGUUGGAGCGAGACCUGUUAUUGGGUGCCAAAAUGGGUGCCACAGCAUCACGUGUAUCCCAGGAACAUGUCAUAGAAGGCAUUACUCCCCACAGUGGACAGAACAGUGCAAUGAGUGAUAAUGAUGCUGACCGGUGGUGUCUGGUUAGAGUUGUCCAUGAGGACAGACAAGCAACUCUAGCAGAAUUUUCGUCCACAUUCAUCCACAUAUCCUGCAGGUCAGUGCAGUGUUUAGUCUUUAGAUUCUCUGAGAUUACACAAAAGUCAUUUUGGCAUUUUGAAUCAAUAGACUUGAUCAUACACUCAGCUGCGGCCUAAAGAGAUUGGGUUGUAAAAUGCUGACAUGUUCCUUUAAUGGUAAAAUUUGAUAAGCUGUAUCUGGGAAUCCUAAAGGUCUUUAAUGUCCAGAGGCUGGUGGUUUGUUAAAGCAAUAAUAUAUUGUAGGUUAAUUCUCCAGGCAACAGGAUGCAAAUAUGGUGGGCCUUUCAUUAGUCUAUCUGGAGAUACCGCCCACCACCCACUCACAUGGGGGUUUUGUAAAAUAGGCCUAUAAGAAAGGGACCUGGGUCAGUUUAUGUUGAAGCCUGAAUCCUCAUACCAUUCAAACUGCCUUCUGCCUUUGACCCCCGUCAUUUGAGACCCCCUCAUCGGCCCCUAUUGAGCCUCAAGUCCAUCACCAGUGGUGCUGUUUUGUGCAGGUGGUUCUGUGUUGUCUAACAGCUAUAAAGUGUCAACAUUCUCUCUGACUGUUCUCCCUAAAGAUUGAUGUUCUCAUUUACACAAGAACCCAUUAGAUUACGUUGUGUUUAAACAGCUUAGUUCUUCAGACUAAGUGGAUCGUGUGUGUGUGGUCUGGAAUAGAGCAGAUGAAGAUAUUUUCGUUUUUGGUAAAAAAACGAAAGAUUAUACAGCCAACUUUCUUUUUUUCCAAGCCGUGUGGUUCGUGUGAGUCAUGUGUUGUGACAGUUGGUUGAAACGUGAGUUUACGUCAUUGCUGUUUUUAAUUUUUCUGUGCCAUGGAGCUUUGCCAAGAGCUGACGUCAGAACAUGUGUGUCUUCAGGCACGAGUCUUGAAAAUAAAGCAAUAUAAGAAGUGGGGAGGGGUGGACAAAAGUGUCUUUUUUAUUUAUUUGUUCUCUUCUUCAUUUUUAAACUAAUAUGAAUCAUGUAAUCUGAGAGUGUGACCUUAUCAAACUUUAUCAAAAAACCCCAAAAUAAGAAAAACUGCUUUUUGUUUUUUUUCUUCCCUUCCUUGUGGUUAUUCCUAAUCUGCGCUGUAUAACCCCCCACUCUAUAGCCUAAUGUCAUUUGCGGACCUCAUUAAUUUUAUGACUGUUGAAUCUAUAAUAAACAUAUUUUUAUGA